GCGGCGGAGCGGGUCCCGGCGGGGCGGGGCGGCGAUGGAGCGGGCCGUGGUGCGGUGCGUGCCGUCGGAGGCGAAGCUGAGCCUGUCGUUCUCGCUGGCGGACGGGCGGCAGAAGCACAUGCAGCGGAGCCAGAGCGAGCCGCUGGGCCGGGCGCUGGGCCGCAUCGCCAUCGACGCCCUCAAGGGCCACGCCAAGGCGGCGGCCGCCAAGAAGAGCAAGAAGGCGCGACCUGACGGCGGCGGGAGCGGCCUUAGCGGGGGCCUGGGGCCCGGGCUCGGGGCGGAGGAGGGACCGGAGGCGGAGGCGGCCUCGGCCGGGGGCCCGCUGGUGCGGCUCUACUACCGGGAGGAGGCGGUGGGCGAGGACGUACUCAAUGCGGACGCCUGGCAGGACGGGGCGGUCCUGCAGAUCGGGGACGUGAAGUACAAGGUGGAGCGCAACCCGCCCGCCUUCACCGACCUGCAGCUGCCACGCUACAUGAUGGCCGGCUUCCCCGUCUGCCCCAAGCUGGGGCUGGAGUUCGCCGAGCCCCACGCCUCGCUCUUCCGCUGGUUCAAGGAGGCCGGGCCGGGGGCCGCGGGCGGGGGCGGGGGCGACGGCGGGAGCGGGGCCGCCGCCUCCACGGAGCCCUCCUCCUCCUCCUCUUCGUCCACCAUCUCGUCGGCGUCGGCGGCCGGGCCGGGCUGGGUGGAGACCGGGGUGUCCGAACUCGUCUACACGCCGUCCAACGCGGACGUGGGGCUACGGCUGAAGUUGCGCUGCACCCCGGGCAACGGGCAGCGCUACGGGCCCAGCCGGGAGCUGGAGAGCCACAGCCCGGUGGAGGCCGGGCCCGGCACCUGCACCUUCGACCAGAGGCACCUGUACACCAAGAAGGUGGCCAGCGACGCCCUCAUCCGCACCGUCUCCUACAACAUCCUGGCCGACGCCUACGCCCAGACCGAGCUGUCCCGCACCGUCCUCUACCCGUACUGUGCCCCUUACGCCCUGGAGCUCGACUACCGCCAGAACCUCAUCCAGAAGGAGCUCACCGGCUACAGCGCCGACCUCAUCUGCCUGCAGGAGGUGGACCGGCCCGUCUUCUCCGACAGCCUGGCGCCCGCCCUGGAGGCCUUUGGCCUGGAGGGCCUCUUCAAGAUCAAGGAGAAGCAGCACGAAGGCCUGGCCACCUUCUACCGCAGGGCCAAGUUCAGCCUCCUCAGCCGGCACGACAUCGCCCUCAACCAGGCCUUGCUCUCCGACCUGCACAGGGAGCUGCUGGAGAAGCUCUCCCCAUACCCGCUGGUGCGGGAGAAGGUGCUCCAGAGGUCCUCCGUCCUGCAGGUCUCCAUUUUGCAGUCUACGAAGGACUCUUCGAAAAAGAUCUGCGUUGCCAAUACCCACCUGUACUGGCACCCGAAAGGUGGGAACAUCCGUCUCAUUCAGGUGGCCGUAGCUCUGUCUCACAUUAAGUAUGUGACCUCUGAUCUGUACCCGGGCGUGCCCGUCGUAUUCUGUGGGGAUUUUAAUAGUACUCCGUCGACGGGCACCUAUAGUUUCGUCAACAGCGGCGGCAUCGCGGAGGACCACGAAGACUGGGCUUCGAAUGGCGAAGAAGAGCGGUGCAACAUGGCCCUGACCCACCCCUUCAAACUGAAGAGCGCGUGCGGCGAGCCCGCCUACACCAACUACGUCGGCGGGUUUCACGGGUGCCUGGAUUACGUCUUCAUCGACUCGGAUGCCUUGGAGGUGGAGCAGGUAUGGGAAUGGCCCGUGAUACAACCAUCCUGGGAGAUACAACCGGUAUUGUUUGAAGCCCUAGACAUGCCGGCCGAUUGCCACAGAAAUAAAAAGAAUUGCAGGAAGAAACCGAGGUGGAAAAGGCUCAGGGGAGUUCUGUUUCCCAGAGUCCUUGCUGAGGCCGCUGAAACUACUAAAGUAAUCUAGAUUUGGUGCACAUUCUUAUAUCUUGUGGAUCAAAGGACCGUCAUGGCAGGGCAGUUGGGUCUCUGUCUGCCAGCUUGUAAAAAUGCCUACUGUCUGUGCUCAUUUAUAGAACCACAAUGUCCAGGGCUAUGUCUUGUGCUCACAGAAGUCAUUGCUAAAGUAUCAGUACUAUUUCACACAAUUAUAAACCGAAUUACUAAUUUUUUCAUAGGGUGCAUACAAGUGAAAGAAUGAUGGAGAAAUAAAAAAUUAUUCUCUCUUA